AUGGCUCCGGAUCGCCUUGUCAGGAGGACAAGAGCAAGAACACGGGUCUUGUCAUCUCGCCAUUUUCCAUUUUCCAUUUUCCACUUGAUGCUCACACUAAACCGCAGAAGGCGCGCCUGCCUACCCAUCCACAUCAACCGCGGCAGCGUCACAACAGCUCUUUCACCUCUAAGCCCUUCCACCUCUGCCAAUCCAUCUCGUCCAAGCAUGUCGGGCGACACGAAAGUUCGCACAAUGCCAAAACGCGUGCGGACACCAAAUUGCACCCACGUCGACAUGGACCGAAUAUACGGACGUGGCCAGCAGUGCCAUGUCUGUGGACGGGAGCCAUCGAUCGGCUUUUUGUACGAAUGCCGUCAGGACCGCCGCGCACCUUCACUCCACAACCUACUCGCAACCCAAGGAUACGACAACAACGUCCAGCCGAAGUCACCGCUGCGACUAGAGCUUGAAGACAUCGGUCUGAGCGAAAGCAUCAUUUGCACCGCAGAGCAAGGCAAUUACACCGCCGCGCAGCUAGCCAUACUGAGGACGCAAAAGACAGAAAUGAAGCAAACCAUUGCCGACUCGAUUCAAGGAAAUCAGAUCAACGAUGCGGUUGCUAGAUUGGCGGCGUUCGUGAACGCACCUUCUAACAACGACGGCACCAUGAACAGCAAAAUCAAGGAUGUAUCAGCGCCGUGCAAUUUCAGAGCCUGUCAUACCUGCCGCCCGUACUACCGCGAUCGUGUCUACAUUUCUUUCACCGCCGUGGCUUUGGCCGACUUCCCGCCCAUGUCAAAAAAAGACGUGCGCUAUCUGUCCACAAAGCCGGCACACGUUAUUCGCGCAAUCGGUGCCUCUCACAACGCUUCGGCGACUCAAGUCAGCCAUGUGGAACCACCAGUGAUCGCCCAAACCACUAUAACCUUCGCCACUUCCACCAAUGCACCGCAUACAGCUUCUACCACAGCCUCCGACUCCAGUGAUCUCACCUUCAAGACAACGCAGACCGACGUAGACGAGCUUUGUGCUCUUCGUCGUCCGCGGAGAAGAUUCUACAACAUGGGACACAGGUCGUCGGGGGACAUAGCGCGCGACCUUUCGCGGAUGCCGCCAUUAUUUACACGUCAAGGUCUUAGGGCCGCACUCCAGGACAUCUUCCGCCCAGGCAGAGACUCAAGCUCGUCCGGGUCCAUGAUCACGCUUCCUGUCCCACGCACUGGCACCGUCCGCGACCCGUCACCAGCACAGCCGGUCGGCGAAUUCGAUAUGGGUGCCCUGCGUCGGGUGAGGAGGCAGAAGGAGCGGAACGAGCUUCGAAACGGGACGUACGUCGGCGGCUUCGAAAACGUGGGCGCCACGGCAACAGCCAUGGCUGAGCAGGAUACUGCGCUUGUACCACACAGCAGCGAUGGAAGUUGCUCAUCAGGGUCAGACUGUUCCGUCUAUUCCUGCAUCUCCCAAGGCAGCGAGGUGGAAGUCGAGGGUGGAGUUGCGCUCACGGAAGAAGCGGUCGGGUCUCACACGCCUGACAUUCUCGCGGUCGACAUUCCCGCCUCCAAGUCAGCGAUUUGCAUCCGAACCAAGGCUAUGGCCUACAACGACGACGAUCUGGAGGUCGAUUUCGGGCUACAGAGCAUCAUGACGCAAGCGUGA